UUGAAAAGCAAGAACGGUUGAGGGUUGAAGGAGCACUAGACUCCAGAGUGCAAGUAAAAAUAUCAAGCAAAAUCAGAACUUUCAAGUUCUAAGUUUAUCAUGUAUCAAACAACAAACCAGCAAAAAUCAACCGAUGAAAAAACACCCCUGGAGGUUGACCAUGAAGAACAGCAGGAUAAAGUACAAGAAACUACGUGUCAGCACGCAUUUUACACGCGCCCUUCCGGGGGACAUACUCUAUGGUUUCGGAGAAAUCCCUGUGGAACAACACAUCAGGUUCCUAACCCUGAAGAUGGAUCAGCUCCAAGAGUUUUGCCUGCGAAUUCUACAUCUUCCACUGCUGAAACCAGAAUUUCGGCCGUCCUUAACAGUGAAGGUGGAUCUCAAAGUGUUACAGCGCCAACUACGUCUACAUCUUCUACCACCUCCACACAAAGCCGGUUGAAAAUUCAAACUAACAUUGUGGCUGUUACAUCUGAAGCACCAACAACAGAAGAUGCUGAGGUCAAUAACUCAAAUGUGAGAACUGGACAAGAGACUUUGAAGGUUGUAACUACUACACCAGCAGCUGAGAAUGCUACGCUUGAUAGCUCAAAUGUGGGAUCUGGUGGAUGCCCACCUGUUGGAAUUACAGCACCAACAAUUGAAGAUGUUGCGGCCCAGAACUCAAAUGUUAAGACUGAAGCUACACCGAAAACUGAAGAUGUUGCGGCCAAUAACUCAAAUGUUGGAACCCAAACACUAGCAACUGAAAAUGCUUCGCUUGAUAGCUCAAAUGUUGUCAUUGAAAAUCCAAUAGUUGAAAACGGUGCGCCAGAUAACCCAAAUGUUGAAACUGGAGUACCAGCAAGUGAAGAAGUUGUGCCCAAUAACCCAAAUACGAGACGGAGACAUUCAAGAAGAGUCACCGGUAUGUACUAA